AUGGACACCACCCUGCCUCUGCCUUUCCUCCCCACGGUGGAUCUGGGGAAGGGCCCAGUUGAAUCGACGGAGGGCUUGACCAGGAAACAACUGUCAUACCUCGGAUGCGUUCAUUUCGUAGCGAGUAGCGCGAACGUCGACACCCUCCUUCAAUUCCUCCAGGGACACUCUGGAAUCGAAACGUACGUCGAUGUGACGGCAAUUGACUCGACAGACGACGUUAUCUCAAUCCUAGACGCCGGCGCACGCAAGGUCUUUGUAGCAGUGGGCCAACAGCUGGACUCGUUGAAGGCGUACCCAGAUCGUGUGGUUCCCGUCUUUUCGACCCAAGAUCACCCUGCUUCCGGCGACAUAUACUCCAAUGGCGUCUUGUUCAACGCUGGCGAUGAUAAGUCUCCUUCUGAGCAAGUUCUCCAGCAAUUGAAGGCCCGCAAGGUGUCACCAAUCUUUCUUGUGGCUCCCAAAAUCGACUUCGAGUCCGCUAUCAAGGUCGCAACUGAAUAUUCCGCCAUCCCAAUCAUACCUGCUACGCGACUUACGAUAGACAAGGCUGACAAGGAACGGAUUUCGGUUCCCGCAGCCAUUGGAGGAUCAUGGUCUUCCGACAGGCCUGAUAAAUUAAUUCCUACGGUAGUCACAGAUGAGAGAGGAAUUGCCCUGGGACUGGUAUAUAGCAGUGAGGAGAGUUUGGCGGAGUCGCUGAAGACUGGAACGGGGGUAUACCAAAGCCGCAAGCGGGGCCUGUGGUACAAGGGUGCAACGUCCGGGGAUACGCAGGAGCUCGUCCGGGUAGCUUUGGACUGCGACCAAGAUUGCUUGAAGUUUGUGGUCCGUCAAAAAGGCCGUGGUUUCUGUCACCUACCCCAGUCGACAUGUUUCGGUGAACUUCGAGGGCUCUCAAAACUUGAGAAGACACUGGUUUCGCGAAAAGCAUCCGCCCCUGAAGGAUCAUACACAGCACGCUUGUUCUCGGAUGAGAAGCUAUUGCGAGCUAAAAUAAUGGAGGAGGCUGAAGAAUUGUGUGAUGCAAAGACCAAGCAAGAUGUUGCAUUUGAAGCUGCUGAUCUCAUAUACUUUGCAUUGACAAAGGCCGUCAGCGCUGGUGUAAGCCUUGCAGAUAUUGAACGAAGCCUUGAUGCCAAGAGUGUGAAGGUUAAGAGGAGACAAGGUGAUGCAAAGGGACAGUGGGCCGCCAAAGAGGGUAUUACGAAUGGUUCUACCAGUGCUGCCCCCGCACCAAAAGCUGCCGAUGAGAAGGUUGAGUCAAACAAUGGACGAAUUGCCAUGAAGCGAUAUAACGCUUCAACAAUAUCAGCAGCAGAGCUUAAGGAUGUGCUACAGAGGCCGUCACAGAAGUCUACUGAUGUGAUAAUGGGAAUUGUGAAACCGAUUAUCCAGGAAGUACGGACUGGAGGUGAUAAAGCUCUUCUUGGCUUUACCCACAAAUUCGAAAAGGCAACAUCACUCACAUCCCCCGUUCUCAAGGCUCCAUUCCCACAAGCCCUCAUGAACCUUCCGGCCGAGACCAUUAAAGCAAUUGAUGCCUCAUUUGAGAACAUUCGCAAAUUCCACGCAGCACAGAAGGAAGAAAAGCCACUGAGAGUGGAGACAAUGCCUGGAAUUAUCUGUAGUAGAUUUUCCAGGCCAAUUGAGCGUGUUGGUCUGUAUGUUCCGGGUGGCACAGCUGUAUUGCCAAGUACUGCUCUUAUGCUUGGCGUACCAGCCAUGGUCGCUGGUUGUAAGAAGAUUGUUCUCGCAUCGCCGCCUCGUUCAGAUGGUAGCAUAAGCCCCGAGAUCGUCUACAUUGCCCACAAAGUUGGCGCAGAGAGCAUUGUCUUGGCUGGAGGGGCCCAAGCUGUAGCAGCGAUGGCUUACGGUACCGAAAACGUCAGCAAGGUGGACAAGAUCCUCGGACCGGGCAACCAAUUCGUUACCGCAGCCAAGAUGUACGUCAGCAACGAUACCAAUGCCGGUGUGAGCAUUGAUAUGCCUGCUGGUCCAUCCGAAGUACUGGUAAUUGCAGACAAAUACGCCAACCCAGCCUUCGUUGCAUCAGACCUCUUGUCACAAGCCGAGCAUGGUGUUGACAGCCAAGUGAUCUUGAUUGCUGUCGAUCUGUCUGAGAAAGAGCUGGCGGCCAUCGAAGAUGAGCUACAUGCACAGAGCAUGGCAUUGCCACGCGUAGAUAUUGUCAGGGGAUCCAUUCAACAUUCCGUCACCCUUGAAGUCAAGAGUGUAGAAGAGGCCCUGAAGCUAAGUAAUGAAUAUGCUCCAGAGCAUCUAAUCCUGCAGCUCAAGGAUGCAGCAAGUGCUGUUGAUCUUGUUGAGAAUGCAGGCAGUGUAUUCAUUGGUGAAUGGACACCAGAGAGUGUCGGUGAUUAUUCCGCUGGAGUUAACCACUCAUUGCCAACCUACGGCUACGCCAAGCAGUACUCAGGAGUCAAUCUCGGAUCCUACGUCAAGCACAUCACGAGCUCAAACCUGACAGCUCAAGGCCUGAGAAAUAUCGGCGGUGCAGUGAUGCACCUAGCCAAGGUCGAGGAACUGGAGGCCCACAGGAGAGCUGUGAGCAUCAGAUUGAAGUACAUGGACGACAAUAAGAUAUGA